AUGACUACGAGCUCAACACCAACAGUUAAAGUUAUAUUUGUAGGAAGUAGCUCAGUAGGUAAAACAUGUUUAAUAGGCGCUCUUUUCCAUCAAGAUUUCAAUCCACAACCUGUUCCAACUGUUGCACCAGCAUUUAACGUUGUAGACAUAACACAGAAAUCUGGUCGAAUGAUUACGCUUCAAGUAUGGGAUACUGCUGGCCAGGAAAGAUAUUCAGCAGUUAAUCUUUUGUUUUACAGAGAUGCAGACGUUGCUUGUGUUUGUUAUGAUCCAGGUAAUCCUGAAUUUAAAGAAUCCGUUCCUGCUUGGAUCAAAAGUGUUUUAGAAGAAGUUCCAACUUGCAAAUUGUUUUUAAUUCUUACAAAAUUAGAUUUAUACGAUGAACAGAAGAUUUCUGAAUUUAAAGCUGAUGCAAAUUUAUUCAAAGAAAAAUUCAAUAUCGAAGAGAUAUUUUACACUUCGGCUGCUGCAAAAACGGGAUUUGAAAAUUUGCUACAAGCUGCUGCAGAUACUGCAAAUAUUGCUCCCGUAAUGAAUGCUGUAGCAUUAGAUGCACCUCCACAGGAGCCGAAGAAAGGAUGUUGCUAA